AUGGUGGGCACACGUCAACACCCUGAGGACUUUCCUCCUGCCCUUGCUAGCUCUACCUCAUCAAAGGGCUCGGAUGCGCAACGUCAAAUGGCUACACGCAAGCAAUUAAGCCAAUGGGCUCAUUCUCCAUCACCCCUUAUGCAGCUAUGGCUGAUGAUAUCACUUCCGGUGGUCAUAUGGGAUACAGGGUAUGUCCUUUUGCGGCCGUAUAGUAUGCCUGGAGGGGUCUACCACCACUUCUGGUCUCCUUACGCUUUGUACGGGACAAUUGAUUACAUGUAUGGCUGGCGUGCUUUCAACUCUCGAAAUGGUUUCACAUCCGCACAAGCUACAAUGAACCUUAUCGAGACGGCAUUAUAUAUCUAUUAUAUAGUCGUUGUCUGGACCCAAGCGAAGCCGGUUUCUGUUACCCGAAAUCCCGGUAAGACCUCCAACAAGGCAAAUGGAUGGUCUGUCAUGCAGAAAAAAUCUAUGACAGGGACGGCAGGUGCUUGUGCAUUACUGGCUGUCUUUAGCGCCAGCCUCAUGACCUUGAGCAAAACUGUACUUUAUGGACUCAAUGAGGUAUACUCUGGAUAUGAUAACGUCGGACACAAUGACCUCUUUACUUUAAUCUUCCUAUGGAUUUUACCAAAUCAUAUUGUCAUUAGUGGACUAUGGAUUGUAUUUCCAUCCAUCGCAACUUUUCACCAUGGGAAGGAGAUAGUAAACUCCUUGGGAACAGCUAGCGUUGAGGGAAAAUAUGGCAUCUACUAA